GCCGCCGCCCCGCCGCGCCCGCGCGCCCGCUCCACUCCUGUGACUUUGUCCCCGUUCGACAUGUAGGAGACAUGUUAAAAGUGGCAAGCGUCCUGUUUAUGGAAGAGAUGUGCAGCCUGGGUGAGCUGGCGCGAGGCUGCCGGCCGCCCGGCGCGCGCUGCUGCCUCUGUUGGUGUUGCUGCUGCUCCUGCUCCUGGGCCAAAUGCGCGGCGGAGCGCGCCGGAGAGUGUAGCGCGGGCGGCAAAGCAAGCCGCCCCGGUCCGCACGAGCCGCUGCUGGUCGAAGGAGACGCGCCGCCUACAUUGGAGGAGAUCCAAAGCUGGGGCCAGUCGUUCGAUCGCCUCAUGCGCAGCGCAGCGGGGCGCCGGGUGUUCCGCGACUUUCUGCGCGGCGAGUACUCCGAGGAGAACAUCAUGUUCUGGCUGGCGUGCGAGGAGCUGAAGCGCGAGACCGACCCCGACGCCGUCGAGGAGAAGGCGCGUUUCAUCUACGAGGACUACAUCUCCAUCCUGUCCCCUAAGGAGGUGUCGCUGGACUCGCGCGUGCGGGAGACGGUCAACCGCAACAUGGUGGAGCCGACGCCGCACACAUUCGACGAGGCGCAGCUGCAGAUCUACACCCUCAUGCACCGCGACUCCUACCCGCGCUUCGUCAACUCGCCGCUCUACAAGGCGCUGGCGAGACUGUCCGCCGGAUCCCCGCCCCCCGCGCCCUCCGCGCCCACCGCGCCCUCCGCGCCCACCGCGCCCACCGCGCCCUCCGCACCCUCCACGCCCUCAGCGCCAACACCAACCGCCGCCCCCGCCGCCCCCGCCGCCCCCGCUGCGGCCGAGGAAGCUGCCGCGCGUUGA